AUCUAGACCAUGGAGUCAUUAUACACUGUCCUGGUGCUCCUUGUUGCUAUCUGCUCGUCUAAUGCGCUCAUCCGACCCAGUAAUGGUCUUCGUGAAUGUCGCAUGAACUCAAGUUUGACAGCACUAGAGGUGCUCCCAGGUGGAGGCUGGGAUAACCUGCGCAACAUAGACGUGGGACGGGUGAUGAACUUUAGCUAUUCCCAAUGUCAGACCACAGAGGAUGGGAUUUAUCUCAUCCCAGAUGAAGUCUUUGUCAUCCCACGGAAAACAAGCGGAGUGGAAACUCACUCUGAGACCAUCAUGUCAUGGCUGGAACAGAAAAGCUCCACAUCAGGAUCCAUCAAUGCAGACAUUUCUUUCCCUCCAGUGCUAAACGGAAAAUUCUCUGCAGAAAAUACCCGCAUGAAAACACACCAAGUGAGGACGAAUUCCGUGACAACACGAGUUCAGGUGCGCAAUCAUCUGUACACCGUGAAUGCAUAUCCUGACUUUACUCUGGACUCUCGCUUUGCUCAGCAGAUUGGGGAAAUCGCAGACGCUGUUGAGAACAAUCAAACACGCCUAGCAACCUAUCUAUCAGAGAAGCUCAUUCUUGAUUAUGGUACCCAUGUCAUCACAAGCGUUGAUGCCGGGGCCAUUCUGGUGCAAGAGGACUAUAUAAAAAGAUCUUAUGUCUCUAACAGUCAGUCAGACAAGUCUUCUGUCUCUGCAUCAGCAGGCCUUAACUUUUUUAACAAGGUUAACUUUAACUUUGGUAGCAAGGAAUCCCAGGAAACUUCAGAGACCACCACUUAUCAGCAAAACAUAACAUAUUCUUUAGUUCAGAGCCAUGGUGGGGCUUUAUUCUACCAAGGAAUCACUCUGCAGAAGUGGCAAGAGAGCACUCAGAAUAAUCUAGUGGCUAUUGACCGGUCUGGCGUGCCACUGCACUAUUUCCUCAAUCCAUCUAUGUUUCCUGAUCUUCCAGUUCCAACUUUACAUAAACUCGCCCUUUCAAUCCAACAGGCUGCAGCGCGCUACUACAACAUAAACACCAUUCCAGGAUGUGUAGAUCCAAAUUCCCCAAAUUUUAACUUUCAGGCUAAUUUUAACGACUCGUCCUGCAAGGGUCCUGUCACCAAUUUGACCUUCGGUGGUGUUUUCCAAACAUGCACUCCUUUGGGGGAAGAUGGAAAAGUCAUCUGUGAUGAGCUUGCGCAAACAAAUCCAGAUACGGGUGAUUAUACGUGCCGCCAACCAUACAGUGCCUCUUUCUUACACUCAGAGACAGUAGAGCAGGGUUACAAUCAAUAUGAGUGCCAUAGGAAAUGUCAUUCGUGCUGGUUAGUUUUUGAUUGUUGUGACAAUGUUUGUGGAAAUGCUUAUCAUGUCCGUCGUGCACAAAUCAACACUUACUGGUGCUCCACAACACAGACAGUUCCUGAGUACUCUGGGUACCUUUUUGGAGGUCUAUUCGGACCAUCUUUUCAAAACCCUCAGACCAAAUCUCAUGACUGUCCUCCAAAUUACUUUGCACAAACAUUUUUGACUAAUGGUAUGAGGAUUUGUCUGAGCAAUGAUUACGAGGCAGGAACAGUAUCUUCUGUGCCAUUUGGGGGUUUCUUUAGCUGCCAGUCUGGCAACCCUCUUGCAGGGGACCAAUACCGUUGUCCACCUCAGUACAGCCAACACCUUGCUGCCAUUAGCGAUGGCUGUCAGGUAUUGUAUUGUGUCCAAUCAGGUGAGUUUACUGGGGGCCAGUUAAAACCUAUUCGCCUUCCACCAUUCACAAGACCACCUCUGACCAACAUGAUGGCGACAAACACUGUAGCUGUGAUGACAGAAGGUGAACGGGCCUGGCUGAGGGUCGGAGACACCAAAAAAUGGAGACUAGCAAAGGCUGGCGAAAUUACUCAAAUAGUCGGAACGUUUCAGGCAUCAUCUACCCAGAUGUCAGGAGGUGAAAAGGCUGGUGUGGCCUGUGGUGUAAUGACUUUAAUCGCAGUUGUUGUGGCAGGAAUUGUCAUUUUGGUGAAACGCAGAAGGAGAGUUUCUCACUGCAGAUCAAGCGGGGGGUAUGAAGAGAUUCACUACGAUGCCCAAAGUAGUGUAGAAAGUCAGAGAGAGCAACAGAAUACAAACGAAAAUCCCACUCAACCUCUGUUGGCUUAGUUAUGUCUAGUACAUUAAGAUUAGUUAAGAACUGUAAAAGUAAAAUCUUGAUCAGCUUUGUAAUAAAUUGUUUAGUAUUUGGUGAUAGGGAAUAUAUUUAUAUGGUGCUUGGUAUAAGGGCUGCUAUAUACUUGCUUCACUGCUUGUGUGAAUGAUGAACUGUAUUUUGUAUUUUUAUGUCUACAUUUUUCCAAAAUAAUUACUGAUCCUGUGUUUUAAUGAGACUAUAGGCCUAUAUGUGUAAAGUGUCUGUGUUCAGCAUUCAUACAUGACUGUUUUUGUACUUUUGUUGUAUUCAUUUUUUUAACUGUUUUUGGGAGCGGUCUUUUAUUUUUUUAUUCUUUAAUAAAAAUACCA